AUGGCAUCUCCCUGUUCUCUGUCCUGCCUUCCAGAAAUGGCUUCUGACAUCCCCGGAUCAGUGACGUUGCCUGUUGCCCCCAUGGCGGCCACUGGACAGGUGAGGAUGGCAGGGGCCAUGCCUGCCCGCGGAGGAAAGCGGCGCUCCGGAAUGGACUUCGAUGACGAAGAUGGCGAAGGCCCCAGCAAAUUUUCCAGAGAGAACCACAGUGAGAUCGAGCGGCGCCGGAGGAACAAGAUGACACAGUACAUCACGGAGCUGUCAGACAUGGUCCCCACCUGCAGCGCGCUGGCCCGGAAGCCAGACAAGCUCACCAUCCUCCGCAUGGCCGUGUCACACAUGAAGUCCAUGAGGGGCACUGGGAACAAGUCCACAGAUGGUGCCUACAAACCUUCCUUCCUCACUGAGCAGGAACUGAAGCAUCUCAUCCUGGAGGCAGCUGACGGGUUUCUGUUUGUGGUGGCAGCCGAGACUGGGCGAGUGAUUUACGUGUCCGAUUCUGUCACACCCGUCCUGAACCAGCCGCAGUCGGAGUGGUUCGGGAGCACCCUCUAUGAACAGGUGCACCCUGAUGACGUGGAGAAGCUGAGGGAGCAGCUCUGCACCUCGGAAAACUCAAUGACAGGCCGCAUCUUGGACCUGAAGACCGGCACGGUCAAGAAGGAAGGGCAGCAGUCAUCCAUGCGCAUGUGCAUGGGCUCUCGGCGCUCCUUCAUCUGCAGGAUGAGGUGUGGAAAUGCUCCUUUGGACCACCUGCCCCUGAACAGAAUCACUACCAUGAGGAAGCGGUUCAGGAAUGGCCUUGGUCCGGUGAAAGAAGGAGAGGCCCAGUAUGCCGUGGUCCACUGCACAGGAUACAUCAAGGCCUGGCCGCCUGCAGGCAUGACCAUCCCUGAGGAAGAUGCUGACGUGGGACAAGGCAGUAAAUACUGCCUCGUGGCCAUCGGGAGGCUGCAGGUCACCAGCUCUCCUGUGUGCAUGGACAUGAACGGGAUGUCCGUGCCCACGGAGUUCCUCUCUCGACAUAACUCCGAUGGAAUCAUCACCUUUGUAGAUCCCAGAUGCAUCAGUGUGAUUGGCUACCAACCCCAGGAUAUCCUGGGGAAGGACAUUUUGGAAUUCUGCCACCCAGAGGACCAGAGCCAUCUGCGGGAGAGCUUCCAGCAGGUGGUAAAGUUGAAGGGUCAAGUGCUGUCCGUCAUGUAUCGAUUCCGCACCAAGAACCGUGAGUGGACGCUCAUCCGCACCAGCAGCUUCACCUUCCAGAACCCCUACUCGGACGAGAUCGAGUACAUCAUCUGCACCAACACCAAUGUCAAGCAGCUCCAGCAGCAGCAGGCAGAGCUGGAAGUACACCAGAGAGACGGGCUGUCAUCCUAUGACUUGUCACAGGUCCCCGUCCCCAACCUCCCAGCCGGAGUUCACGAGGCGGGCAAGUCUGUGGACAAGGGAGACGCCAUCUUCUCCCAGGAGCGAGAUCCCCGUUUUGCUGAGAUGUUCGCAGGAAUCAGUGCAUCGGAGAAGAAGAUGAUGAGCUCAGCUUCGGCAGCGGGAACCCAGCAGAUCUACUCACAGGGCAGCCCAUUCCCUCCAGGCCACUCGGGGAAGGCCUUCAGCUCGUCGGUGGUCCAUGUGCCUGGGGUGAAUGAUAUUCAGUCCUCAUCUUCUACGGGCCAGAACAUGUCCCAGAUCUCCCGGCAGCUCAACCAGAGUCAAGUGGCGUGGACAGGGAGUCGUCCACCCUUUCCCGGACAGCAAAUCCCAUCCCAGUCCAGCAAGACUCAGUCAUCACCCUUUGGGAUCGGAACGAGUCAUACCUACCCGGCAGACCCCUCCUCCUACAGUCCUCUGUCCAGCCCAGCUACCUCCUCACCCAGUGGCAAUGCCUACUCCAGCCUGGCCAACAGGAAUGCAGGCUUUGCUGAAAGUGGACAAAGUAGUGGUCAGUUCCAGGGGCGGCCCUCGGAGGUCUGGUCGCAGUGGCAAAGCCAGCACCACGGUCAGCAGAGCGGUGAGCAGCACUCGCACCAGCAGCCCGGUCAGACUGAAGUGUUCCAGGACAUGCUCCCUAUGCCAGGGGACCCAACCCAGGGCACUGGCAACUACAACAUUGAAGACUUUGCCGACCUGGGAAUGUUCCCACCCUUCUCCGAGUAG